AUGGUCCCCGAGCCCGGCCCCGCCAACCACAGCACCCCGGACUGGGAGUCGGGGCCGCCGUCGCACCCCGCGGGCAGCGGCUGGGUGGCGGCCGCGCUGUGCGUGGUCAUCGUGCUGACGGCGGCGGCCAACUCGCUGCUCAUCGCGCUCAUCUGCACGCAGCCGGCGCUGCGCAACACGUCCAACUUCUUCCUGGUGUCGCUCUUCACGUCCGACCUGAUGGUGGGGCUGGUGGUGAUGCCGCCCGCCAUGCUGAACGCGCUGUACGGGCGCUGGGUGCUGGCGCGCGGCCUCUGCCUGCUCUGGGCCGCCUUCGACGUGAUGUGCUGCAGCGCCUCCAUCCUCAACCUCUGCCUCAUCAGCCUGGACCGCUACCUGCUCAUCCUCUCGCCGCUGAGCUACAAGCUGCGCAUGACGCCGCCGCGCGCCCUGGGGCUCGUCCUGGGCGCCUGGAGCCUGGCCGCGCUCGCUUCCUUCCUGCCCCUGCUGCUGGGCUGGCACCAGCUGGGCCGCGCGCGGGCCCCUGCCCCGGGCCAGUGCCGCCUGCUGGCCAGCCUGCCCUUUGUCCUCGUGGCGUCGGGUCUCACGUUCUUCCUGCCCUCGGGCGCCAUCUGCUACACCUACUGCAGGAUCCUGCUGGCGGCGCACAAGCAGGCGGUACAGGUGGCCUCGCUCACGACCGGUGCGGCCGGCCAGGCCUUGGAGACGCUGCAGGUACCCAGGACCCCACGCCUGGGGAUGGAGUCAGCUGAUAGCAGACGUCUGGCCACCAAGCACAGCAGGAAGGCCUUGAAGGCCAGUUUGACACUGGGCAUCCUGUUGGGCAUGUUCUUUGUGACCUGGCUGCCCUUCUUUGUGGCCAACAUAGCCCAGGCCGUGUGCGACUGCAUCUCCCCAGAACUCUUCGAUGUUCUCACGUGGCUGGGUUACUGUAACAGCACCAUGAACCCCAUCAUCUACCCACUCUUCAUGCGGGACUUCAAGCGGGCCCUGGGCAGGUUCCUGCCAUGUUCCCGCUGCCUUGGGGAGCGCCGUGCCAGCCUCGCCUCGCCCUCUAUGCGAACCUCUCACAGCGGCCCCCGGCCGGGCCUGAGCCUGCAGCACGUGCUGCCCCUGCCCCGGCCACCUGACUCCAAUUCUGACUUGGGCUCAGCUUCCGGUGGUUCCUCCGGCCUGCAGCGCAUGGCCCAGCCCCUGCUGCCUAGAGAGGCCCCCCGGGAGCCCCCGGCCUUGGCCAGGGCUGCCGCGGUGGUCAGUUUCUUCAACAUCGAUCCCGUGGAGUCCCAGCUGCAGCUCCGUCCACUUGGGGCUCCCACGAACAGACCCGGGCUUGGAGCUGGUCGGCCUGGCCCAGAUCCCACCACCUGA